CUUUACACACACAGUGCUGUCAUUUGAACGGAGACAAGUCCGCCGAAAACCGGUACAAAAUGGAAGGGGAAUCGGGUUACGGCACCAAGACCCCUCUGCUGAGUGGGAGCGGGAGACGGUCGGGACUAUUCCGUAGGAAGAACUCGGUGAACACACUGAGGAAGGAGUUUUUGUUAAGGUUGCAAGAGAAAGUUCGCUGUGGUGUUGAUGAUGAGUCUCCUUUCCACAUCGAUGUCUCAAAAACCAAAGGUUUGACCAAAGGGGAAAAGGAAUACUAUGAAAAACAAUUUGCAACCUUGAAAUCCUUUGAGGAAGUUGAUGCUUUGGAUCCGUCCACACAGGACGUUGUUGACGAAAAUGAGCAAGAUGAGGAGCAAAUCCAACAAAAAAGAGAGCAAAUUGAACAAGAAAGAGCCAUGAAGAUUUCUAAUUAUGCAAAUAUAGUCUUGCUGAUACUCAAGAUCUAUGCCACAAUAACGAGUGGAUGCAUAGUUAUAGCAGCAUCAACAUUGGACUCUUUUCUUGAGCUCAUGGCUCGUAGUAUACUUUGGUUUGCUUACUCGUCAAUGAAAGAUGUAAACAUUUAUAAGUAUCCUAUUGGAAAACUGAGGGUACAACCACUAGGCAUAAUUCUCUUUGCCGCUGUUAUGGCUAUGCUCGGCCUUCAGGUGUUGAUCCAAGCUCUAGAGGAACUAAUUAAGGAUGAACCUUCAGAGAAAAUGUCCUCCAAUCAAUUGAUAUGGUUGUACGCCAUCAUGAUAACUGCCAUAGGGGUAAAACUUGCCCUCUGGCUUUACUGUAGAACUUCACGGAACAUGAUUGUCCGUGCUCAUGCAGAGGAUCACGACGUGGUGACAAAUUUGGUGGGAUUAGUUGCAGCUGUUCUCGGUGAUAAAAUUUGCUGGUGGAUUGAUCCUGCUGGGGCUAUCGCCGUUGCACUUUAUACAAUUAUAAAUUGGUCAGGAAAUGUUAUGGAGAAUGCAAGACAAUCAGCUCCUCCGGAUUUCUUGCAAAAAGUAACAUAUCUGGUAAUAAGGCACCCCCUAGUAAAGCGAAUUCACACUGUCCGUGCUUAUACCUCUGGCGUUCUUUAUUUCGUUGAGGUCAGUUUUGUGUGUGAUUCUCCUUUUGUGGCACUAAAAUGAUAUAGCCAAUAAUAAUUUCUUUUCAUCUUAUACAGGUAGACAUAGAACUCCCUGAAGAAUUACCUUUAAAAGAAGCACACACCAUUGGAGAGACCCUGCAGAUAAAGAUUGAGAAAAU